AUGAAGAAAUUGAGCCUCAUGGACAAGAUUCUGACACCGGCAAUCCUGGUCGCGAUGAUCGUCGGAGUCGUUAUUGGGGAAUUCGUCCCAAACGUCCAGCCAGCCUUCGACACAGCGCGCUUCGCCAGCGUGUCCGCCCCCAUAGCAGUGGGGCUUAUCGUGAUGAUGUGGCCCAUCCUCACCAAGGUGCAGUAUGAAGCUCUCCCGCGUAUCCUGCCCACACGCACUAUGGCAGUGCACAUCCUCCUCUCGCUCUUCCUCAACUGGAUCAUCGCCCCAUUCGUCAUGCUAGCCUUCGCAUGGGCCACGCUGCCAGACCUUCCGACGUAUCGAACAGGCGUGAUCAUGGUCGGUCUUGCGCGCUGCAUCGCCAUGGUCAUGGUCUGGAACCAGCUUGCGCGGGGCGACGCCAACUAUUGUGCCAUCCUAGUCGUCGUCAACAGCAUCCUGCAAAUUGCCCUGUACUCGCCAUAUGCAGUUUGGUUCGUGAACAUCAUGGGAGGUGCCGGUACAGAUAUACAUGUGUCGUAUGGAAGGGUGGCCAUCUCCGUCCUCAUCUAUCUCGGUAUCCCGCUUGGGGCGGGACUCCUGACGCGCGCUCUCCUGCUAUACUUCACCUCGCGGCAAUUCUUGACGGAGCGUUUCCUUCCCGUGAUCUCCCCGUUAGCUCCACUCGGCCUGCUGUACACAGUGAUCGUGCUGUUCGCAUAUCAAGGGCACCACAUCAUACACAACAUCGGCCAUGUCUUCCGUGUCAUCGUACCGCUCGUCCUGUACUUCACCGUGAUGUGGGCGGGCACAUUCGCAUUCGUGUGGUGGCUCGGCCGGCGAGCGCUUGCGAAGGGACAGAGAGACAGCGAACGAUGGAGCUACGAAAUGGCCGUGGUACAGAGCUUCACCGCAGGAAGCAACAACUUUGAACUUGCGAUAGCCGUCACGAUUGCCGUGUACGGUGUGGGCUCCGACCAAGCUCUGGCGGCGACGAUCGGCCCGCUGGUUGAGGUCCCCGUGCUGCUAGCACUGACGUGGUUAGCCCUUUAUCUUGGGCGAGCACUGCGUUGGGCGGGAGGGCAGAUAGAAGAUGGAGAUCAACAAGGAGCAAAUGAAGCGAGAGAUGUAGAGGCAAGUGGAGCUGUGUCUGCAGAGGGAGGCACAAACGGGUUCGAAAAGUCCCUGCAAGUUGAUGAGAAAAGCGACUGAAUGGAUCGUGCGUGUGUGCGUACCGUGUAGGUCAAUUGU